CUCCUCCUCCUGUGAGUCUCAUAGACUCUCCCCUCUUUCUUCUUCUCAGUCGAUUGAUCCCUAGCGCCUCCUCCUCUUCGAGUCUCAGAGACUCUAGCCUCUAUCGCCGCCUUCUCUUCGAAGCCACAAGCCACACGCGUCUCAGAUUUCAAGAAAAUGGCCAAAAAGAGUUCACAUAAAAGUUCUACAACAGUGUCCGAGUGCCCUGUUGUGGAACAGGAGAAAACCUUAUCGUCUACACCCACAAAAACCGGUAAUGAGAUUGAUCAAAUCUUUGCCGGGAAAAAGAGAAAGAAGCCAGAACAAGUAAAGACGAAGAAGCCGGCAGAAGAUGGAUCUGGAAAAGGGAGUACAAUGAAGAAAAAGAAAAGUAAGAGCAAAGGUCCCAUAGAAAGCAAUGGGUUUUUGGACCCGGUAGCUCGGCCAAGGAAGAAAACUGGGGAUGGGCUGGUUAUUUAUACAGAAGAGGAGUUGGGGAUUGGGAAGGCAGAUGGUGGAGGUACACCUCUUUGUCCUUUUGAUUGUGAAUGUUGUUUUUGAUCGUGCAAACUCGACCUUAUUUAUGGGACAUUGUUUCCUUGUGAUGAUGUUUUGGGAGUCUUAGACAAAUUGCUAGUUUUGUAUUAACUUGGGGGGUGUGCUUUUCCUUUUCCAAAUGUACACUAGAACCAGAGGAUGAGAAAUUUAAUCCAAUGUUAUGAAUUAUUGACCUGAAGAAUGAAUUCAUCUGGACAUGGCAUUUUUGAUUCUAUUUAGUGAAUAUCCUUUUGAUUUCUGAAACACUAGUUGUGUAGCAGUUUCAGUGUCUCUGUUGAUUUUAUGUAUUUAUUUUUUGAUAGGAC